AUGUCCUUUAAUAAGAAAUAUGCCGGUCUCCCAGACUUAGAUCUAGCCCCCGAUAUCUAUGAGACUCCAGACUUGACCGACGAGGCAUCCACCGUCCCGACCACAACUAUCCGUACCACUUCCGACGCCGACGACAAUGGCUCCAACCCCGACAUUGACCGACAUGGCGUCGACGUCGACGAGGCGCGCGCCCAUUUCCUCGGAGCAACGGUAGAUGCCCGGGAUGUCAAUUUCUCGGACAGCAUCGCUCUCAGACGAAAAGCAUACAGGAGCAAAAGUCGGCGACGGCGGGCACGCGACGACGGUCUCGAGGGGGCGGGCGAUUACAGCGACAGCGACGAGGAGAGCUUUGAGAGGAAGCUGGCUCGCCUGCGGAGAGAAGUGGAGGAGCUGAAGGAUGAGAUGGAGUCACGGCAAGCGGCAGCGGAGUCCCAGGAGACACCUGCGGACCAGGUGGAUGACGGCGUGCUGGAGCUGAGUCGGGCGUUGGAUAAUCUCCACGCGUCUUCUCGUAACGUACCAGGAUCGCAUUCUGCAGCCACAGUGCUUUCUCAGAAGCUCGCGUCGAACGGCGCCCGCGACCUGCCCAGCGAGCAGAAUGGGUCCGACAGCGCCGCCGCGAAAGAAGAGGCGACGACUUCGUCGUCCCCCGGUGUGUUGGCGCAUGCCGCGGCGUUUGAUGGCCGGCUAGCAUUAGUCGAAGCCGCGAUUGGCAUCUCUAGCUCCUCCAACCCCUUUGUCUCGGACGGGAUCUCCGAACCGGCCCUGCAGCCCGUGCUUCCGGCCCUGGACCACCUCACCUCCCGCCUCGCCACCCUCACAAACGUCCUCGUGGGCCCCACCCCAGCAUCGACGGUCCCGCCAACCGGAUCCGGCGCGCCCUCCGCAACCUUCACAACGACUCAUCUGGAGGCCCUGGCGAGCCGCGUCCGCAGACUGACCAGCGACACCGAGGCCCUGGCGUCCGCGCGCAAACGCGCCGUCGACGCCGCCAAAGCCGCCCAGAACGCCCGCCUCGCGUCAACGACGACCGCUGAGCCCACGUCCGACACGGCGUCGUCCUCGUCGGCCACGGAAGUCGACCAGGCAGCCACCCAGCGCGACGAACAGGCCACCAAGAUCCAGGCCCUCUACGCCACCCUCCCCACCAUCCAAUCCCUGCAUCCCAUCCUCCCCAGCGUGCUCGAGCGGCUUCGCUCCCUCCGAGCGAUCCACGCCGGCGCCGCACAGGCCGCCGAGUCGCUCAACGAGCUGGAGAAGCGACACGCCGCGAUGACGGGGGAAAUCGACCAGUGGCGCGAGGGGCUCAAGGUGGUCGAGGAGAAGAUGGGUCUCAGCGAGACGGCGAUGAAGAGCAACAUCGAGCUCGUGGAGCCUUGGGUCCGGGACCUGGAGCAGAGACUGGACAGGCUGGAAAGCGGGGCGGCGUGA